CAUAUGUAAUGAACCCACCAUAUUGGAUAGGCCCAAAUAGGAGUUAGUCAACUUAAGCCCAAAUAAUGAGACUAUGUGGAGACAUGAGUUACUAUUAAUAGGGUAAUAGGGGUAUUUUGUGAGUUAUGUGAAUUGUGAAGUUUGUUAUUCUCUCCCUCUAAACUCUCUAUGUUCACAUCUUGUAUCCUUCCACUCACUAGAGUUGGAUUUAUUUUCCAGAAAAUUCAAUAUAAUUUCCUUUAUCUUUUAUCUUUCAAUUUUACUAUCAUUACAUUGGUGCUUUCAUUGACACCAUGGCAGAGUACGUGAAGAAAAUCGCCGAAAAGGAUCCAUGGGAUCGAUGGGAGAAAAUGCACGCUCGCAACAACGUUGCUUUCGACAGAAUCAUCUCCAAAUUGGAGAUUCUACUUCAACACUACAACUGCUCGCCGAGCUCUUCCCAUGGUGCAUCGAACUCACCCAAAUACAUCCCUACACCAGAACCGUUGAAUACCAAUUUGUUGAUGCAUGAUGAAUUUCGUUUAUCUGCAAAACAGAUCGAGGUUCCUUCCGUUCGUGAGUCAAAAUUAGUGGAAGAAGAGAUAAUAGCUUCUGAAUUGAAGAACGAUUCUUCCCCGACUACGGAUGGAAUUGGUUCGAUCAUGGAAUCAAUCGAUGCUUUCGAUUCGUCGACAGUUGCGCUGCCAGUGUCGAAGGAUUUCCUUCCCUCCACGGAACCGAUUGAAGAACAAUCCAUCGCCACUGAAUUGGUGAACGACGUGUUUCCGAUUUCGGAUGAAUCUCUUCCUUCCAUGGAGGUAAUUGAAGAAAAAUCCAUAGUUGAUGAAUCUAUUGCUUUGAGAAAUUUAACAGUGGAGGAAGUGACGCCGAUGAGUGAAAUUUUUGAUAAGCCCCUUGUUCGUAUGCCUCUUCUCCACCAAGAUGGGAAUCAUCCACUCACAAAUUUGAUGUGCUCCACACUGAAGUGCCUUUCUCGUGUUCGAUUAAAUGACCAGAUGUUGCCGCCGCCACCAAAACCACCUGAUCACUAUUUUCGGCAGAAGCAUGUGAAAUUCCAAGUAAUGUGGAAUGCCACCAUGGCUCCACCUCCUCCAGAGCCUCCCGACAUAGGUCACAGGGCAGCCGUAAGUAACACUUUUGGACCUUCCAAGAUAGGGUGUUUGGUUUUGCUUCAAAUUGCUACGCUAAUUGAAUUUUCUCAUCUGUUUGUGGAAUUGUGGAAUCGGAAUAUUCGUUGUCACAUUUGGAGAUUUGUUAGGUGCAGUGCAGUUUACAUCAUAAGGAUUUAUCCAUUCCCAUUGUCUUGUGUAGCUCUGUUCUCAUUUACAAAUUUAAACCACUAUGUCUUCCAACAAAAGGGUGUCAUUAUCCUUGAUUUAUACUCUAAUAUUGGUGAUCUGAGGAAUGCACAACAUGUGUUUGAUGUAAUGUCUAAUAUGAUUUUGGUUUGUUCAAAUUCUCUAAAUGUGGGGUUUAUAACAGUUGCUGCACUUGAUGAGAAAGAAUUGUUAUCAUGUGAGUUUGUUUAUAGGCAUUGUGUUGUUGGGGUUAGUCAAUUUAUAUAUGAGGUUUAUGAUCAAUUGAGAUGGAUUACUUGUUAUAACUAUGUUUACCAUGAGUUGAUAUCUAAGAAAAGCAGCUUCAUCCCUUGCUUUAAGCUUGUGCUUAGUCAAUCUGUAGUGAACUCCAACUUCUCACCUAAUGUUCAUCAUUCUAGUUGGUUAUAUGCACUCAAUAACCGAAGAGAGCUUUGUGAUGAUUAUGACCUUACUAGUGCUUAUAGCCUUGACAACAUCACAGGUGCCCCAAAUUUCAAGUGUUUGAACGGUUUUGAGCUUAUAAAUUUUCAUGAAUGGAAAAUGCUUGAGUGGUUUGGUGGAUAUGUUACAAAGAAUUGGCAGGUUUGUAGAGAUGGAGAUAUGUUUAAUCACUUUACAAGGAGAAACAUGCCAACUGUUGAUUCCAUUUUAAAGUGUAUUCAAGUUGUUGUUUAUUGCUAUAGUGUUGUCUUGUUCAAACUCUUGACUGCUAAGCAUAUUCAUGAGAGAUGGCAACAAAAUUCACAAGAAACACAUUCACAAUUUGGGGUUAUUGUUGAUCAUAAUGCGUGUGAGAAGGCAACCUUAUUCAACAUUGGUCUAGCAUCAAAAACAAUUAUCAUUUUCAUUGAUCUUGAGGACAAGAUCAUUUUUAGAAGGGUUGGUAGUGAUAUAAUCAAUGUUGUAUUGAUUCCAUGUUUGUUCUCAAAUAUCCUUUGCAAUGAGGAAACCAUUGGUGACAUGAGGGUUGUUGAAGUUGAAAUGAUGGAAAGAAUUAGACUCAAGAAGAUGCUUCUUUCAUCAUGGAGUGAUGCACUUGAAGCUAAAGUUAUCUCAAUGGAGCCAUUUGAAGUUGAUAAUUUGAAUUCUCAAAUUUUUUUCACCCAGUACCAUGACUACUGCAUAAGUAGUGUGGUUUGGAUUGGACCUCCUUGGCCAUUCAACUUUUUGCUGAUGUUAGUUGUGUCUACUUCACAACAAUUUUUGGCUUCUGAAUCUGUCAUUGCUACUGACUUGAACCAGAUUGUGCAAUGGAGACAAGGUAUUGAUAUUAAUGAUCCAAGGCAAAGCUUAUUGCUAUUAUGUGUCCUUCUAUUUAUGAGGAUUCAUGCCACUCUUUCUUUGAAGCUUGGACAAUAUAUUUGUUCUUUUUACGGUGUGUUUUCUCAUGUGGACCAAGUUAGAAGGGAUGAUGAUCUCAAUGAUAUUUGGAUAAACAUCAACUUCUUAACUGAGGUGGGGAAGACAUCCAUUUGGACCAAUUAUGAUCAGUUUCCAAUUUCUUGUGCUCACUUCAAACAAUGAGAUUCUGGCCAGCAUUUGGAUAUGUAUGCAUCAACUAAGCCCUCGCAGUUCAAGUAAUGUGAUCCGGGUAAAAUUUGUGCUAAGUGCAAUUUCUACAACCUUGAGGACAAGGUUGGUUUUAAAGGGGAAGGUAUUGUAAUGAACCCACCAUAUUGGAUAGGCCCAAAUAGGAGUUAGUCAACUUAAGCCCAAAUAAUGAGACUAUGUGGAGACAUGAGUUACUAUUAAUAGGGUAAUAGGGGUAUUUUGUGAGUUAUGUGAAUUGUGAAGUUUGUUAUUCUCUCCCUCUAAACUCUCUAUGUUCACAUCUUGUAUCCUUCCACUCACUAGAGUUGGAUUUAUUUUCCAGAAAAUUCAAUAUAAUUUCCUUUAUCUUU